CACAAAGGACUCACGAAGGUAGAGAGCACAAUUAUCACGAACCUACGGACGGAGCAUAUAGGGCUCAACGGUUACCUCCACCGUAUAAGAGUGCCCGGCCACCCGACGCCGGCAUGCCCUUGCGGGCAUAGCCUCCAAUCCCCAAGACAUAUUGUA